AUUCCAAUGAUGGGGUGCUAUUCCUCCCACUGACACCAAUGAUGGGGCAUGAUUCCUCCCACUUAUACCAAUGAUGAGGCACUACUCCUCCCCCACUGACAAUAAUGAUGGGGCACUAUUUCAUCCACUGACACCAAUGAUGGGGCACUAUUUCAUCCACUGACACCAAUGAUGGGGCACUAUUUCAUCCACUGACACCAAUGAUGGGGCACUAUUCCUCCCACUGAUACCAAUGAUGGGGCACUAUUCCUCCCACUGAUACCAAUGAUGAGGCACUAUUCCUCCCACUGAUACCAAUGAUGGGGCGCUAUUCCUCCCACUGAUACCAAUGAUGUGGCAGGAUUUGCUCCCCAUCAUUGGUAUCAGUGGAAGGAAUAGUGCCUCAUCAUUGGUGUCAGUGGGGACUAGUGCCCCAUCAUUGGUAUCAGUGGGGAGAAAAGUGCCCCAUCAUUGGUAUCAGUGGGGAGAAAAGUGCCCCAUCAUUGGUGUCAGUGGGGGGAGGAAUAGUGCCCCAUCAUUGGUGUCAGUGAGGAGGAGGAAUAGUGCCCUAUCGUUGGUGUCAGUGGGGGAGGAACAGUGCCCCAUCGUUGGUGUCAGUGGGGGAGGAAUAGUGCCCCAUCGU